ACUGCUGGAUCACAGCUGCUGCUGCAAGAUAGAAUACAAGUCCCUGCCUGCUCGCCAAUCUCAUCAGCCUCGAGGCUCGAGCAUUCUUUUGCAUUCACCAGCCCUGAUCACACCAUCAAUCCUCCAGCUUGCUCAUUCGCUGCAGGCCGGCGAAUCCAAGUCGAUCGCCAACGACGCCUAGACCUACCCAUCCGAGCCUUUGGAAUUGCUUUUGGACUGUCGUGAUUCUUCGCAACUGCCCUCAUCAGAACUCUGACUGGCAACCGCUUGCUGCCACCCUGCCACGGCCGCCGCACAAUUCUAAUUCUACCAAUCCGGGCCCUCCUAGAUCGUGCCUUCCUGCACGAGGCUGCAUUGUUGUUAUUCGCUUGCCUGAAGGUGGCGUAUCUGUUCCAGAAGUCUUCUCCGGUCUAGAAUAGCGCUCCGACCCAGUCUCGACGUUGGGCUCACAUAUCACCACUUCUUGACCCUCUCCGAUUCCUGGGCCCACUUUGCUGCGCUUCUCCAACAACAUGGCAUCUGCCAGAACCAAGCUUGGCCACGGCCUGGCCAAAGUGCUUGGUAUCAAGCUGGAGUACCGCAAUGACUCUCCAGCGUCUAAGCUGUCACGGGGAGAGUCCGUGUUCUCGGUUGACAGCGGCGACAGCUACGUCGAAGAGGAACCGACAGCCUCCGAGUGGUUGCGCUCUGUCAUUCCACGUGGACAUGACCUUUUGCAAUACUUCCACAACCUCUUCCCCUUCACCCACUGGAUCGGUCGAUACAACCUACAAUGGCUUGCAGGAGAUUUGGUCGCUGGUAUCACUGUCGGCGCCGUCGUCGUCCCCCAGAGUAUGGCAUACGCAAAGCUUGCGGAGCUUGCUCCGGAAUACGGUCUUUACUCAUCCUUCAUGGGUGUCCUGAUUUACUGGUUCUUCGCCACCUCCAAAGACAUCACUAUUGGUCCCGUCGCAGUCAUGUCCACGAUUGUCGGCAACGUCGUGCUGAAAGUGCAGAAAGAAGCACCCGACAUCGAUCCUGCAACCGUCGCUCGCGCCCUGGCCAUUAUCGCUGGUGGCAUUGUCUGCUUUAUUGGCCUCAUACGCGCUGGUUGGCUGGUGGAGCUCAUCUCGCUCACUUCUAUCUCUGCAUUCAUGACGGGUUCUGCCAUCAACAUUGCAGUCGGCCAAGUACCAGGCUUGAUGGGCAUCUCGAAAGCCCAUGUCAACAAUAGGGCAUCGACAUAUCUUGUCGUUAUCAACACACUCAAGAACCUGGGACACACCAAGCUGGACGCCGCCCUCGGCUUGACCGCCCUGACGAUGCUUUAUCUCAUUCGAGCGACAUUCAACUAUCUGGCACGAAAGCAACCCAACCGCAAGAAGAUUUGGUUCUUCUGCAACACUCUUCGCACUGCCUUCGUCAUCCUUCUGUACACUCUGAUCAGCUGGCUGAUGAACCUACAUUUGAAGAAACACAAUCCCAAGAACUCUCCUAUCGCCAUCCUCGGCGAGGUCCCACGAGGCUUCAAGCAUGCCGGAGUCCCGACGGUCAACAGCGAGAUCGUCAGCUACUUUGCGAGUGAGAUUCCGGCCUCCGUCAUCGUACUUCUCAUCGAACACAUCUCGAUCUCGAAGUCCUUUGGCAGAGUCAACAACUAUGUUAUCGACCCAUCCCAGGAACUGGUGGCCAUUGGCGUUACAAACCUGCUUGGGCCUUUCGUUGGCGCAUAUCCUGCGACUGGCUCAUUCUCGCGAACUGCCAUCAAAUCCAAGGCCGGUGUACGCACUCCGUUCGCAGGUGUCAUCACCGCUCUUGUGGUGCUUCUGGCCAUCUACGCUCUGACAGCAGUGUUCUUCUACAUUCCAAGCGCAGCUCUCAGUGCGGUCAUCAUCCAUGCUGUUGGCGAUCUCAUCACCCCACCGAACACUGUCUACCAAUUCUGGCGCGUCUCGCCGGUAGAGAUGAUCAUCUUCUUUGCUGGUGUCAUCGUCACAGUCUUUUCAACCAUCGAGAUCGGCGUCUACGUCACGAUUGCAUCUUCCAUGGCUCUGUUCCUCUUCAGAGCGUUCAAGGCGCAAGGCCGCUUCCUUGGUCGCGUCAAGGUCCACUCGGUCAUAGGCGACCAUCUAGUCGAGGGACAGGAAGGCAAGCCUGGGAACGUGUCUAUUGGAGCCGAAAAUGAUCCAGAUAAGUCAGCUCGCAAUGUUUUCCUGCCGAUCAACCAUGGUGACGGUUCGAACCCGAACAUUCACGCCGAACAUCCUUACCCGGGAGUUUUCAUCUACCGCUUCUCGGAGGGGUUCAACUACCCCAAUGCAAACCACUAUCUUGACUACAUGACUGAUGUCAUUUUCAAGGAGACCCAAAGGACGGACCCUCACAGUUAUCCAAGACCUGGCGAUCGACCUUGGAAUGACCCUGGUCCGAGACGUGGCAAAGAAGUCGCUGUUGAUGAUCACCGGCCGACUCUGAAAGCUAUCAUCAUCGACAUGUCCUCUGUGAACAACGUUGAUCUCACAUCUGUCCAAAACUUGAUCGAUGUCAGGAACCAGCUUGAUAGGCAUGCAUCGCCGGAUCGUGUGCAGUGGCACUUUGCCUGCAUCAACAAUCGUUGGACGAAGCGUGCCCUUGCGUCUGCUGGCUUUGGGUACCCAUCUGUUGACGGCGAUGACGGUUUCUCACGAUGGAAGCCAAUUUUCAGCGUUGCUGAACUCGGUGGAUCGUCCAGCGCUGCAGCGGCAGCAGAGGACAAGCAGAACCGAGACAUUCAGCGCCAUAACACGAAGGAUGUUGAGACUGGUAACCGGGAGGUGGACAGUAUCAACCCAUCUGACAGCGGUGCCAGCGACAUUGACCGCCAGCUGAACAAGUCUCAAGCCUACAACACGACGAACGUCAAGGUUGCCGUGGUACAAGGCUUGAACCGGCCAUUCUUCCACAUUGACAUCACCAGCGCGCUCCAGUCCGCGAUUCACAACAUUGAAGUCCACGCAGGGAAACACCAUCACGCCGACCACGCGAUCAAGGCGAUCUCGGAUUAGAGGCGGCGAUUUGUACUCUGUAUUCUGAUAUAUUUGACGGCCUCUUAGAGCCGUGAUUCUAUACAUUUGAUACCAAUUGAGCAAUGAAGACAUUACACGUCC